AUGGACCUCCAAGACAUGUGGGCGAUGUGGGUGGGUGAGCUAGAAAUUGGGUGGAAGGAAGAAAUUCGUUUGCGUUUCAUGGAAUCACAUGAUCUGCCGUAUUGUAUGUUAAUGUUGGGUUUAAUUUUAAGAGUCGUUGGUGUUGAUAUUGGUUAG